CAGUUCGGGGGUUACGAUAUAAUAGGCGAGCCAAUGGUAUCAAAAGAUUAGAGUCAAUCUGGAAAUCGCAAUUUCGAGAACUUGAUUUGUGCUCUGCUGCCGCAAUUCAACAAGGAAGAUUCUCUACGUCGAAGCCGAUCUGAGUAUACUCAAGAGAGCGCCGCAAGUCGACGUUUAUAGAAAGCUGAAUCCAUGGAGAACGACGAGCAUGAAACAGGGGGGUUCGAUCCGAUGCAAGAUGCGGAAGAACGCGCUCAUCUACUCUCAGUAUUAGACUCUUUUCGAUCAUACCGCCGUCUUGCUCAUUUCAAUGGUACACACGUUCGAAGACAAGCAUUCUACUCCCUUCCAUCAUCGCACUGGACACUGCUCUCACAGCCACCCUUCUCCAUCCUGGACAACUUCAAUAAACUCGACGAUCUUAUUUCUUCUAAUGCUGCUCUGGCGGAAGCCAUAUUUUGCGCUGGAUUCAAGGGCUUCAUUGCACCUUCCCUAGACGCUGAAUGGGUGGCAACCAUCGUUGAUGAAAAGCACGCCCACGACGAGCUCAAAGUCUACGAAACCGUCCUCGAUGCUCUGGACGGCGGUAAAGCCACUCCAACAGACCUAGAGAAGGCACGAAGCUGCAUACAUCAAUUCUAUCGGGAGUGGAGUGCUGAGGGCGCGGUCGAAAGAGAUAAAUGUUUUACCCCGAUUCUCGACACGUUGAAUGCAGAAUGGACUUCAAGGUCCAGCAGCGGAGCCACAAAAUCUGAUUUCCAUGUCCUGGUUCCAGGAGCCGGACUAGGUAGACUCGUAUUUGACAUUUGCUGCGCUGGGUUCUCUGCUCAGGGCAAUGAGAUAUCCUAUCACGAGCUCAUGGCAAGCUCUUUGGUGUUGAAUGGGACAGAGCGAGCAAGACAAUUCACGAUUGCGCCCUUUGCACUCAAUGGGUCGAACCAUCUUUCGCGUGACGACCAAUUUAGGACUUUCGGGGUCCCUGACGUGCAUCCCGCCACCGCACUAUCGGGGCCCAUUGCUGCUGGCGAAGGAAGUGUCGAGGAGCCAGGGGAAAUGAGUAUGGUGACUGGCGAUUUCUGUGUGCUUUAUAGCGACAAGAAUGGCGAAUUCGCUGGAAUGUUCGAUGCGGUUGCGACAGUAUUCUUCAUCGACACUGCACCUAAUGUGAUUCGAUAUAUCGAGACUGUUCGAAAUUGCUUGAAGGCUGGUGGGCUGUGGAUUAAUCUUGGUCCGUUGCUCUGGCAUCAUGCAUCCCGGUCCCACCAUUCCGGCGAGGAUAAGGACAAACUGGAGAAAGAGGGUGGAAAGGAUCAAGGCAUCGCGGACCCAGGAUCUGUGGAACUAACGAACGAGGAGGUAAUUGCUCUGGUGGAACAUCUUGGGUUCAGGAUUGAGAAGCAUAAGCCUAGGGGUUUGGAAACAGGAUAUAUUUCUAACGAGAGAAGUAUGCUGAGGAGUAUAUACACACCCUCAUUCUGGGUUGCUAGAAAGCUAUAGAUACUUCCCCCUUUUCUUAAGAUAAAUGGCGGCCGGAGGAUAUCGACAGGUGUCCCACAUCAUUCUUGUAACAUACACUUUAC